UAAUUUAGGCAAAGAAGCAAUUUUUAUUCCUCGUGAACUCCACGCGGCCCUCUUUCUUCUCCGUCAGAAAACACAAAACAAUCAGCCAAUUUAAUUUAUCUUUUGGUCAAGAGACAUUGAUUCUCUCAAAUUUCUGCAAAAUCAAGCUCAGAGAUUCACACCGCAUCUCAAAUUGUGCUUCAGGGUUUCCAAACAUUACCAGUCUUUAGGAAGCAAUUACGGGUUGUUUUAGAAAUUAGUUAACGUGAUAAUGGCUAGCAAUGAGAUGGAAAAAUCGAGUAAAGAGAAGGAACCUAAAACACCUCCUUCUUCUUCUGCUGCUCCUCCCUCUUCACAGGAACCUUCAUCGGCUGUGAGUGCUGGCAUGGCUACUCCAGAUUGGUCUGGUUUUCAGGCAUAUUCUCCUAUGCCGCCGCCUCAUGGUUAUGUGGCAUCAAGUCCCCAACCUCACCCUUAUAUGUGGGGAGUUCAGCAUAUGAUGCCUCCUUAUGGAACUCCGCCUCAUCCUUACGUUGCAAUGUAUCCCCCAGGUGGGAUGUACGCGCAUCCUUCAAUGCCUCCGGGUUCUUAUCCAUAUAGCCCUUAUGCUAUGCCUUCUCCAAAUGGAAUGACUGAAGUUUCUGGGAAUACUACAGGCGGCACUGAGGGUGAUGCCAAACAAUCUGAAGUGAAGGAAAAAUUGCCCAUCAAAAGAUCAAGAGGAAGCUUGGGAAGUUUGAACAUGAUUACAGGAAAGAACAAUGAACCUGGGAAAAACUCGGGAGCAUCAGCUAAUGGAGCUUACUCCAAAAGUGGGGAGAGUGCUUCUGAUGGUUCAAGUGAAGGAAGUGAUGGAAACUCUCAAAAUGACUCGGGAUCUGGACUGGACGGAAAGGAUGCUGAAGCAGCAUCAGAGAAUGGUGGUUCUGCCAAUGGUCCGCGAAAUGGAAGUGCUGGUACACCUAUUCUGCCGGUGAGCCAGACCGUACCAAUCAUGCCAAUGACAGCUGCAGGUGUUCCCGGCCCACCAACAAAUUUAAAUAUUGGGAUGGAUUACUGGGGUGCUCCUACUUCAGCUGCUAUCCCUGGAAUGCAUGGGAAAGUAUCUACACCAGUUCCUGGAGUUGUUGCUCCAGGGUCGCGAGAUGGUGGCCAUUCACAACCCUGGUUACAGGACGAUAGAGAACUUAAGCGACAGAGACGGAAGCAGUCCAAUAGGGAGUCUGCUCGAAGAUCCAGGUUGCGUAAACAGGCCGAAUGUGAUGAGCUGGCCCAACGCGCUGAGGUGUUAAACGAAGAAAACACUAAUCUCAGAGCAGAAAUCAACAAGCUCAAAAGCCAAUGCGAAGAACUCACCGCCGAGAACACCUCUCUCAAGGACCAACUUUCAUUAUUCCCUCCACUUGAAGGCAUAAGCAUGGACAAUGACCACCAAGAACCAGACACCAAUCAAACAGGCGACGCAGAGAGAAAGGUUGAUUCCUACAAAGACACAACGUGAGGAGACAUAGAGCAAAACCAAUUCCUAACACAGGUAUAAAAAAAUGUAGCAGCAGCAGCAACAACAACACUCGGCGGUUCUUUGCUAACAGAUGGUUUGUAGGAUUUUAGGCAUCAGAGAUCAAUUGGUUUGGAAUAGUUUCUUUAGCUUUCUUGAGGGUUGUCGGUCCAGUGUGUAUGUGUAAGUUACUACUACAUUAGAUAUUUGGGAGAACAAUUUCCCUUCUUUUAUUGUCUUACUUUGUCUUUUCUCUAUUUGCAGAAGCGAAUUUGAGGCAAUGUGCUUAUCUGUAUCAAAAUUGUUAUCCUUCUAUUUAAAUAGAUUUUCCUAUUUAUU